GCAUAUGUUCGAAAGACCAAUCCCCGGUUUAUAAAAAGCACCAACAACCCUGCUGGCGCCCGUGCCAGAAUUGUUCGAACCGGGGUUCCACAUGGGCCUGAGUUCACGGACAAAACCCGACGACAAGCGUGGUCUCCUCUUUGCAUGCUAUCAGAGCCACUUUGGGAGCGGGUUUCAGUUUGUUUAG